AUGUCCACCAAAAAGGAAUUCAUCUGCCUCGUCCCCGACAAGCCAGGCUCGCUGCAAAAGCGUCUGGAAGUCCGCAAGUACGUAGUAUUCCGCUCAACCCCACCGUGGAUUUCUCAAAACAACCCACUAACAUUGGAAUACUACAGUCAACACCUCGAAGGUGUAAAGCCUUUAGUCCAGAAUGGCUCGAUCGUCUGUGGUGGCGGAACGCUGGACUCUCACCCCGCGCCUGGCGAGACCCCUCCCUUUAAUGGGAGUGCGUUGAUUGUCGUCGCCGAGAAUGAGGCUGAGGUUAAGGCGUUGAUCAGUAACGAUAUUUAUACGCGCAGUGGUGUGUGGGAUGUUGAGAAGGCGCAGAUUAUUCCGGGUUGGGGAUAA